AUGUCCGCUAUGGAUUGUGGUGUUGCCAAAAUGCCGAGAAGUGCAUGCUUCCCGGCCCCGAUUGAAACUCAUAUAAAGAACCAAGACUGUUAUUCGUCUGCGCCGAGCCACGAUGCCAUGUCACUCGCUGACCCCAUCCCCUCGCCACGCCGAUGGUCUCCCACAUAUCAGCCCCGAAGGAGGAGCAGACAAUUUCCGACAUUGUCAUUCGUGCCGUCACCCACAUUGUAUCGCGAGGCUCAUGAUUCUUCAGCAACAUCUCUCUCCCGGCGGCCCGCGAGCAGAGGGCCACCGAUCAUCUCACCUUUCCGUUCCGUUCGAAGAAUGAAGGAACCAUUUCAGCUUAUGCUCCCAUCUUCGCCAGUGUCAUGCGACAGUGCGCCGACAUUCCGCCCAAAGUCGACUAGAGAAUCGAAGCUGCCAGGCGGUCAUACACUUCGACAUUGGCGCUCUGACCAAAAUUUGACGUCCACUAGCAUGUCAUCUUUCGGUCUCCUACCCAGUCCCCCGAUAUCAGAAUCAAGAGCAGGCAGCGCGGAAGCUGAUUCAUAUUUUCAGUGCAAGGAUGAACCAAGGGCUGUGGAUAGCAUAUAUGAGGACGUACAAAAAGAGCCUAGUCUGCCUGAGCUGGAGGAGUUCAGUCGGCCCGACAGUGAAGUGGACGAUGUCGACGCAGAUCUGAAUUACAAAGCUUAUCGCCCACCCGGGUGGACGGAAGAAGCCCACGCACAACCCGAAGAACAAAGGUGGACAGACGUGACCAGUGUCCAUGAAGCGCAUUCGCAUCUCAUCCGGCAAUGCGAAGCUAAUGAGUCGAGACACACCACGAGCUAUGAUGGGCGCUCCAGCCCCAUAUAUUCUCCUCCAGGGCCCAUGGCCGGUCAUGUUCCAGGCAGCUCGCCGAGACCUCAACGGCCGAGAACAGCCACUGUUUCAAGUUCGGCAAGUUGGAUACCUAGUAAUUUGGCAUAUUGUGAGACAUGGCUGAAAGGCGUGCCCUUUGAUCCGAUCUCUGGAAAAAAUGAAAAUAUCAAGGAAUCCAACCGUCGGAAAGUCCAGAUCGUUGAAAUGGAUCCAGAGCCAAUUCGAACAAUUGCAUUUACGCCGGGAAAGAAGUCUCUCGACGAGCCACUAAGAUUUGCUGUUGCAAGCAAACCUAAAAACAAACCAAGACUAGUCGAUAUUGCUCGACAGUCCUCGCCAUCAAUGCCACCUCCGCCAUCUCUACUACCACACCCUCUGCCAAUGACACCAGAUCAGCGGCAAGAGGAAGUUUCUGCCUUUAGCCCUGACACACCCCUUGAUAACCCACUGGACAUGUCAGACAGUGGUUACGGUACUCGGGAGUCUGGAUACUCCUUGUCCACAUACGAGGACGGCAAAGAUGAUGAUGUCUACACUGACCCAGGGUCAUUGUCUUCGGACAGUGUCACCUCUACCGUGGUUGGCGAACGGCCUGACACCGCGCAGGGAGAGCGCGAAAGGUCCCCUCAGCCUCAAAUUAGAUCUGGAAGUUUGAGCCCAGAAGGAACACCACAGCCUAAUCAUUCUCCGGCACGGAGAUCUAUCAAGUCCGAAAAGGCUGGAUCAGAUGAAGCAACACCAUGGGACGAUGCAGACCAUGAGUGGACUUUGGAUGACCAUCAAUGGACUCUUGACCAACUUGAGCAUUCUGUCAAAGACUUUCCUCGCCACAUGCUCCGACUCACCUCACCUGCCAUCUUGCAUGUUCGAAAAAGCGACGACAGAGACUUCUUACGCCCAUUUAGGACAAUAUUUCCAGAUGUCACCGAGAGUUUAUUGGAUUGUCUUUGUGCAGCACUCAUUGCCCGCAACUACCUCCUUUCCUUAUCAACCAUUCAUCGUCACAAACCCUCAUUAAUAGCGCGGAACGAAAAUUACGGCAUUGAUGCCAUCCCUGCCAAAGCAUACAGCACGCUGGGUAUCCAGCUCCCAUCCGGAUCCCCAGGCCGCAUCAAGGAUCGACUUCUUAGCUCUAGAAGUGCAGAGCUACGCCGGGAAGUGGAAAGAAUCAUCGAUAACCUGCUAUUUGCGGUCUGUGGCCGAUCCGAUGAAACACUAAAAUCUGCCAUCGAAGUCCUCGCUCAGGUAUUGGAAGUAAAAGCCCCAUAG